GCGCUGCUGGGCGGGGCGGAGAGUGAAUGGCCGCCGGCGGCGGAAUGCACAUUUCCAACUCAUUUCUCCACCCUUACCGGGUCGUCUUGGCUGCUGUUCACGUAUGGUGCGUCCUGUUCUUCCUGGCGCUGUAUCAACAUUAUUUGAUGGCAUCUUUUUACCUCACCGUCAUCGCUGUCGCUCUCCUGUGCUACACCGUCAAAAAGGCGGCCAUUCCCCAGAUCGACGACGAUACCGCCAAUCAAGUCAUUUUCGGAGGUAACAUCUCAAAUAUACCAAUCUUCGCGCAUCGCGGCGGUGCCCACGACGCGCCGGAAAACACACUGGCAGCUUUUCGGGAAGCCAAGCGUAAUAAUGCCACCGGAAUCGAAUUCGACCUAUCUUUUACGCACGACAGCAUAGCUGUAUUGUUCCAUGACGACACGCUGGAUCGUACGACGAACGGGACAGGAUAUCUGGCAAAACAACUUUUCAACGUCGUCCGUCAACUCGAUGCAUCCUCGUAUCACCCGUACGGAGAUCAAUUUAGAGGAGAAAAAAUUCCGACCGUGGAAGAAGGCGUGGAAGAAUGUUUGAAAUUAGGGAUGAGAAUCAUCUUCGACGUGAAGGAGUUCGAUUAUAGAGCGGUGACCGUCAUCGACGACCUGUAUCGAAAACAUCCCGACUUGUACAAGACCGCGUUGGUCGCCUCCUUUUUUCCCCAGUUCAUCUACACUUUGCGUCUGAGGAAUCCGAACAUUGUGACGGCGCUGACUUGGCGACCUGGGUUUGUGACGUACGAAGACAUAGAAAUGAGGAAACCCCGUUUUAAUUCCCUGUGGAAACAUUUGGGGGCGCUUGCGCUCGACUGGUUUCUCGAUUGGUCCCUGCACAAUUGGAUGUGGUAUGUGAUGGGAAAUUCCGGUGUGCUCAUCUGCAAGAACGUGUUGUCUGCGGAAUACGUCAACAUGUGGAAGGAACGGGGAAUUCACGUGAUCGCUUGGACUCCUAAUCAUCCGACAGAGAAAGAUUUUCUUCUCAAGGUUCUCAGAGUACCCAUCAUCACGGAUUCUCUGCGGUGAAGGUCUGCAAGCGUCGUCUGCGGAUCUGUGAUCACUGAUGCGCAUGUUUAUAUUUUUUCGCCACAAAAUUUUUGUCGUAUUUUAUUUUAGUUUUGUGGUGCUGCAACUGUGGAAACGUUUUGUGGGCAAAACAUAGUUUUGUUGGUUAUGACCAGGAUUUUUGCUUCACAAAUAGAAGCUAUCAAAUUGUAAUUAUGGCAUAUCAGAGGACAAAUUAAUUUUGAAUAUUUGCACAUUACAAAUUGCUCAUAAUGUUUUCAGAAAAAAAAGGUUCUCGCAAGAGUUAUAAUGAAGCGAAAGCAUACAUCAAAUUUCUGUUGUUUUUAACACUUUCAUAAAAACAAGUUCUAAAGGGGCAUUAUAGAUCUGCUAAAGCACAAAUGAAACAUCAGUCUUGUUUGUGUUUGAUGGAAAAGGCACUUUAUGUAACUUGCAUGUGAUAGGUGCCUUCCUCAAACUUAACGCGAGCCACGCCAUGUUCCUGCAACAGUGACAUCGAAGCAAGGUGUAUUGUGAUGUUUUAUCAACUGUAUACUCCAUAAAUAUGAAUGAAUAUAAAGAAGCCAGUAUUCUUCUGCUAUGAUCACAUUAUGCAUUACAACCUAGUCCACUUGGCAAUGUUUUGUAUUGCGUUCUAAAUCUGUAUUCGAUGAAGUAUUGGACACAAGUUCCUGGAUUCAUAUUGUGAUGCACAGAUUACUGUUUGAUUUACGUAUUUCAUGUGGUUCUGAAUAACAUUUUGAAAGGCAAAGUUCACACAGAUCAACUUAAAUAAACUCCGAGCAGUGUCUCCGUAACCAAUUUUUCGUGGGCAGGAAGAGUUUUUAUUAAAAUAUUGCUGGAUACUGAGUUAUGCCGCCACAUUUUGUUGGAAAACUUAUUUCUUGUGUCUUAAGUGUCUAUACAAUUUGAUUGAUUGACUCUGCAUGUUUUGGUGCAACAGCAGAGAGGGUCUAUACAAUUUGAGGGAGAUAAAUAGAAACAGAAGAGUGGCAAGUCUAUUCAACCUGAGAUUGGCAUUAAGUUGUCAGACCAGCUGGACAGGUCAUUCCACAAACUCGAGUUGACCUCGGAUGUCCGUGUGAAUGCAGCCUAAGCCAGUGCUCCCCUAACUCUGCUACCCAGUGAACGCCGUUUCCUGGCUCGUUUCGAUUUCAGUGGAUGGACAGCAAAACACAAAAUUGAUGCUGAAACGUUAUUUAGCAGUACCGAGUGAAUCUGCUGGACUUAGCAACCACACGCAGCACAAAAGGAAAAAAGGGAAAAACAGCACGCGCCAGCAGGAGUGACUGUUCCUAAUGGCUGAAGUGAGCUUAUUUGUUAGAGUACAGUUUGGUAAAACAAGGGCAGAGUUUCAACAUAGCAGCCCUCACUUCCAGCUCCAGGUUGAGCCGUGACAUAUGCUUUCUUUUUUUAAGCGAUGCCACCGCAUAGAAGCCAAGUUUGCGAAGUGCAUCAUUCGUUGCGAAGCUUUAGUACUCGAGAGCAGCUACUCUCCUGCUAAACCCGCUCAAAAUUUGGGAAGUGGCUUCAACAGAAACUUUGAAACCAAAUUCAGCUGAUUGGAACAAAAUCCAGGCUGCUCACAACAUUAGCUUGGACUAGCUGCUUGAAUUAGCUUGACGACCUCCUGCUGAGUCUGCCACAACCCUCCAGGGGGUUGUAACCCGCAGUUUGGAAAACAUAGGCCUAAGCUAUUCUGAGCAAUGAUGUGUCCACGUAAGAAGGAUGGAGAGACUGAGUCUAACAAAAUGCCAAAAAAAUAAAUAAAAAGGUUACUUCAAGUUGACCUGUAUUUUAUUGUGCUGGAUUUGUCGUUCUCGAAUUGUGAGGAACACUUUAAAGCUUCUAAAACUCGCAUUAUGGCCAGCGUAGGGACUACUCAUUUCGUGUUUUGUUACUCAAACCGAACAUGGAUACCUCCAUUUGUGUGACAGAAAAAAAGCCUUCCAACGAUUCUGUACUGGGUUAAUAUAUAUUGUAUGAUAUUAAUAACAAGGUUUUCAAUGCUUUCUGCCACAACAUUAUGUGUAGAAUGCAUUCAUGUUGGAUAAACAUUGAUGAAAAGCGAACAUUGACAUAAAGCAAAGGAAGCGUAUUUGAAUAUGGUAUACCUUCUAGGAAUUAGUUUUUAUGUGCAAACUAUAAAAAUACUCCACUGCAUUGCAAAUGUCUGUAUGUAUGUCCUAAAACGCUAUGCAAGCUGGGUUCAAAAUGUGCAGAAUAGAUCCACUCUGUUUAAACCAGAAUUAUAAUCUAAGUUUGUUUGUUUGCUCUUUACACGUGUUCCGCAUGUAAGUGACGUAAUCAGUUGCAAAAAAAAUUAUGAUGCAACGACACACUUCUCUAUUGUUACAUCUAUGGUUAUUAUGUUGCUAGUCACGACUACCAAGACUUUGUAGAGAGAUGGUUUCAUGUAAAGCGUGCUGCAGACUUGUCCGUGUUUUGUAAUAUUUUAUGUAUUUGCAUUUUAUGCACUUUUAUAUUUUUCUGGAGCGGCAUUUUGCCAAGAUAUAUAUUGUCACGUGUGGUCGGCAUCUCGCUUCUCAAGUGGAUUAUUUUGCUGAGGCUUUAUAUGCAGCAUCAUUUAUGUAGUGAUGAAUUCUGCUGGUCGUAAUGCAGAAAAAGUUACACUGACUAGGAGCUGGCAUGUUACACUGGAACCAGUGCAGUGUCACGGUGUCCUUUGUUGUGUGUUCCCCGGCACUGUUUUUUUUAAAAACUUUAUAUCAAUAUGCAUCACCAACCUGCCCACAUUUUAACCCUAUUCAACUGUAUUACACUGGUAACUUUUGAUCCGUUUUUGUUACAUUCAUUUCUUUUAGUACCCUUUGUACGAUUUUGUGCAAACGACAGCUGUAAAAUCAACUGAGCCCCUGCAUGAGUAAUCACAUGGUUGCUAAAUAUGAAAAUUUUAAUUGCAUGAUGUUGGUGACCUAAAUUACGUUACUUUACUACUGCGGGAUGAAACGUCUGCAAAAUUUGACAGAGCCCAUGUUGCUGUACCUGUGUUUUGGAAUGUAACAGAUAGGUUUUCAUGCAUGAUUGGAAUCAAAGCCUUCAUCUAGGUGCCAACAUGAAUACAUGAUACAGCACAUCCAUUUACAAAAAAUGCAGCAUAUUGAAUAUUGAGCUGGUUUGAGUUGGUUCUGCCUCCCCCGAAUGGGGUUGCCAGAAAAUAUGUCAUUUCAUUAGUUUUAUUAGUUUGUAAGUUUUAUGAUCAUUCUGGUUGUGUAGAUGCUCUAAACUUUGGCAAAUAUGAAAAUUUGUGCAGCUAGGCAACCUACUUUUUUUAUUGAAUAAAAUUAUUAUACAAAAAACA